AUGACAUCAAAAGCUCUUCAUUCUUGCUUUCUGUGCCGCCGUAAUAAGCGUCGCUGCGACAAGAGCCUGCCUUCAUGUCAGCUGUGCAUCCGCAAGGGCUGGAAAUGCAGUUAUCCUCAGCGCCGUGGCCAACGUUCCGCAUCCCCUCCACGUAGCCUUGAUAAUGCGGAAGCUGUCAAUAAUUCUAAUUCUGUCAUUGCAAAGCCCCCUGUGACACAAAGCGGUAUUCUUGCCGGAUACCAGACCGGUUCUUCUUCUUCUCGUUCGUCGUUUGCUGUCAACUUUGCCAUCAGUUUUCUAGCACCGGAUAUCUUUCGUGAGGGCUCUUUGGAGAUUCCCCGCCUCAACUUGGAUAUUCCCGAGGACGUUGCCUUUCACCUGGGUGAUAAGCAAAAGCUGCGUGAGACAGCGCGCCAAUUCUUCCAGAUCACAUGGAUGCCCAUCAUUGGACGAAAACGCUACCUAAACACUGUACUCAAUCCCCUAUCGCCCCUACGACGCCCAACGACUUUACUGGCUCUGUGCAUGAAGCUGUCCUGUUUAGAAGUUCUGGGUGAUAGAGGCAAGCAGCGAACCUCGUUGUAUCAAUUAGUCAAGAAAUUCUAUUCGGAAGUGGAGAGCACAGAAGGCUUGUGUAUCCAAGUCCUACAGGCAGGCAUAUUGAUUGCGAUUUUCGAGAUUUGCGAUGCGAUCUACCCUGCGGCAUAUUUGACAGUCGGAGCAUGUGCCCGUUAUGGUGUCGUAAUGGGUUUAGACAAGAUCAAUCAAGACAGAAUGGGCGGCGAUCAUAAUUAUGCAGCGUCAUGGAUGGAGAUUGAAGAGAGACGCAGGGCUUGGUGGGGUGUCCUGAUCUUGGACCGAUAUCUGAACUUAGCGAACCCGUCUCGGAACCUGGCAACGAAAGAUCCAACAUUUGAAGAUUUUCUUCCCGUGGAUGAUGAACUGUUCUUUGAUGCCACCUCGCAACCGGAGAAUGCUGUUACCAUUUCCCAAGGAUUUGUAUUCAAGAUCGGGCAUUUCGGGAGACUGGCUCAAGCAACAUAUCUCAUCAGCCAGGUCCUCGAGAACAUUAGAUCCCCUUCUGUAAUACCCGAUUACCUCACUCAAGGCAACUUGUCAGCAGAUGUAGCACAGCUUUGUCGUACUAUUGAAGCCUUAGUUCGUGCAAAUGAAAUGGAAAUUACGACCCGGAGGUUGGCAUUCUGCUGCCAAAUUCUGGUUUCUUACAGCGGGAUCUUCCUUCUUCAACAGCAUCUUUGGGAGCGGUUGAAUGUAAGAUCCACACAGGAGGCGCAGCAGCACACGUUCAUGGAGACACGGAGCGCCAUCGAUACACUUUGCCGAAUUGCAUUAGAACUCCAGCAAGGAUCUAAUAUGGUAGACCCACUGCAGGGUCAAUGUACAUUUUUCCUUGUUGGUGUUGUUUAUCAAGGCCUAUUAGCGCUUAUGACCAUCGGACAAGGCAACCCAUCGGCAGAGAUUAGCGAGACUAUAACCACGUUGAGUUGGUUACUUGAGCAUAUACGAGGCCGUUGGCCACUUGCUGGUGUCUACAGAAGCAUUUUAGACGCCAAAGAGGCCAUUUUGGCUGCAGAGGCGAUUUAA